AUGGAGCCAGACCCGUUCACUCCCAAAGAUGGCUACGGACAAGUGAUCUACGCUUUCUUUCCAGACAUGCCCAAAAUCAUCCGCCUCGAUGAGCACAGGAUACUGAAAUCUGCAAUCACUAAUUCCACUGAAACUGAAGCCAUGAAAUUUGUCGCUGCCAACACCACGAUCCCAGUCCCAAAAGACGGACUGAUGCUUCUCAAAUUGUCAUGGAAUACAUCCCCAGCAAACCCCUUGGCAAAGUCUGGGGAAAACUCUCACACAAUAAGCAGAUGUUCAUCUGUCAUCAGCUCCGCGGCUUCCUCUCCCAACGUGCAAAAACUUAGACCCACGACAACGCCGGCUCUGAUUGAGUCUGCAAAUGGCGGUCCGGUAACAGUCGGGCUUCGAUUUCCUCGUCGAGGUGGACCAUUCGAUUCUGAGAAAGAAUUCAACGACUUCCUUGUUGGAUCUGGAAUGAAAGAUAACCAUGAGAUCCAUUUUGCACAUGGCGAUUUCUCACCACGCAAUAUCAUGGUUGAUGUGGAUAGUGGGGAGGUUAAAGCCGUGCUGGACUGGGACCGGGCAGGCUGGUACCCUGAAUACUGGAUCGUAGUAGGAUACUCUCUGAAAACCCUGGGCUACGGGAUUAUUUCCCUUAUCUCAAACGCAUUGUUCCCUUCAACUAUGCCCAGGAGGUUCUUGCAAUGGGGAUAUUCAUUACGCUUUACAGGUGUUCGACAGGCUUAUGUGUUUCGGAUUUUUCGAGAUUUUCUUAAACAAAUCACAUGGAAUGAAUAUAGACGGUCUAUCACGAGUGAGGUAACGGCCAGCUCGACGGCAAACUCAGACCAGACUGCAAAAUUGAACUGA